GUGACGUCACGCGUCGACGCCGGGGACGUACCUGUCGGACUCCCGACGCCCGCAGCUCCUCUUCCCGUCCUGCGGGUCGGGGCCGGUGCGGUCCGGAGCCUGCAGCCCCUUUGCCAGUGUCCUAGUUCGCCCGCGGCCCGGCAUCAUGAGUGAGGAGGGUGUGGUGGGUUGAAAGCCAUCCUACUUGACUCCCGAGUUAGAGCAUGGAUUCAGUUUUAGACUUAAGGGGAAGUGAGGCUGGAGAUUUUUAUUUUUAAUUUUGGGCAGCAGCAGGUUGACUCCAGGGACCUCCAAAGCGAGAGGGUUUAACUUCAUGUUGCUCCCGUGUUUCAAGGAGGACAAUAAAAGUCCCACCUGGCAAAAUUUCCGUGACCUCCGCAGUAGAAAACGUCAGGUAUCUUUUAAAUCGCGGUAGUUUUCGUUGUGUCAAGCUUUCUUCAGGUGGAGCUCCCAGGGUAGCUAGGUUUUAGGUUCGAAACAGAUGCAGGAUCCAAAGGCAGCGCAGAAAACAGCCACCGAUUUUGCUAUGUCUCUGAGCUGCGAGAUAAUCAGACAGCUAAAUGGAGUCUGAGCAGCUGUUCCAUAGAGGCUACUAUAGAAACAGCUACAACAGUAUAACAAGUGCAAGUAGUGAUGAGGAACUUUUAGAUGGAGCAGGUGUUAUUAUGGACUUUCAAACAUCUGAAGAUGACAAUUUAUUAGAUGGCGACACUGCUGUUGGAACUCAUUAUACAAUGACAAAUGGAGGCAGCAUUAACAGUUCUACACAUUUACUGGAUCUUUUGGAUGAACCAAUUCCAGGUGUUGGUACAUAUGAUGAUUUCCAUACUAUUGAUUGGGUGCGAGAAAAAUGUAAAGACAGGGAAAGGCACAGACGGAUCAACAGCAAAAAGAAAGAAUCAGCAUGGGAAAUGACAAAAAGUUUGUAUGAUGCGUGGUCAGGAUGGCUAGUAGUAACACUAACAGGAUUGGCAUCAGGGGCGUUGGCCGGAUUAAUAGACAUUGCUGCCGAUUGGAUGACUGACCUAAAGGAGGGCAUUUGCCUUAGUGCGUUGUGGUACAACCAUGAGCAGUGCUGCUGGGGAUCUAAUGAAACAACAUUUGAAGAGAGGGAUAAAUGUCCGCAGUGGAAAACGUGGGCAGAAUUAAUCAUCGGUCAAGCGGAGGGUCCUGGUUCUUACAUCAUGAACUACAUAAUGUACAUCUUCUGGGCCUUGAGUUUUGCCUUUCUUGCAGUUUCCCUGGUAAAGGUAUUUGCUCCAUAUGCUUGUGGCUCUGGAAUUCCAGAGAUUAAAACUAUUUUGAGUGGAUUCAUCAUCAGAGGUUACUUGGGAAAAUGGACUUUAAUGAUUAAAACCAUCACAUUAGUCCUGGCUGUGGCAUCAGGUUUGAGUUUAGGAAAAGAAGGGCCCCUGGUACAUGUUGCCUGUUGCUGCGGAAAUAUCUUUUCCUACCUCUUUCCAAAGUAUAGCACAAAUGAAGCUAAAAAAAGGGAGGUGCUGUCGGCUGCCUCAGCUGCAGGGGUUUCUGUAGCUUUCGGUGCACCAAUUGGAGGGGUUCUUUUCAGCCUUGAGGAGGUUAGCUAUUAUUUUCCUCUGAAGACGUUAUGGAGAUCAUUUUUUGCUGCUUUAGUGGCUGCAUUUGUUUUGAGAUCCAUCAAUCCAUUUGGUAACAGCCGUCUGGUCCUUUUUUAUGUGGAGUAUCAUACACCAUGGUACCUUUUUGAACUGUUUCCUUUUAUUCUCCUAGGGGUAUUUGGAGGGCUUUGGGGAGCCUUUUUCAUUAGGGCAAAUAUUGCCUGGUGUCGUCGACGCAAGUCCACCAAGUUUGGAAAGUACCCCGUUCUGGAAGUCAUUAUCGUUGCAGCCAUCACUGCUGUGAUAGCCUUCCCUAAUCCAUACACUAGGCUAAACACCAGUGAACUGAUCAAAGAGCUCUUUACAGACUGUGGUCCCCUGGAAUCCUCUUCUCUCUGUGACUACAGAAAUGACAUGAAUGCCAGUAAAAUUGUCGAUGACAUUCCUGAUCGUCCAGCAGGCAUUGGAGUAUAUUCAGCUAUAUGGCAGUUAUGCCUGGCACUCAUAUUUAAAAUCAUAAUGACAGUGUUCACUUUUGGUAUUAAGGUUCCAUCAGGCUUGUUCAUCCCCAGCAUGGCCAUCGGAGCAAUCGCAGGCAGGAUUGUGGGCAUUGCGGUGGAGCAGCUUGCCUAUUAUCACCACGACUGGUUUAUCUUCAAGGAAUGGUGUGAGGUCGGGGCCGACUGCAUCACACCGGGCCUGUAUGCCAUGGUUGGUGCUGCCGCAUGCUUAGGUGGUGUGACAAGAAUGACUGUCUCCCUGGUGGUUAUUGUUUUUGAGCUUACUGGAGGUUUGGAGUAUAUUGUUCCCCUUAUGGCUGCAGUAAUGACCAGUAAAUGGGUUGGAGAUGCCUUUGGUAGGGAAGGCAUUUAUGAAGCACACAUCCGAUUAAAUGGAUACCCUUUCUUGGAUGCAAAAGAAGAAUUCACUCAUACCACCCUGGCUGCUGAUGUCAUGAGACCUCGAAGGAACGAUCCUCCCUUAGCUGUCCUGACACAGGACAAUAUGACAGUGGAUGAUAUAGAAAACAUGAUUAAUGAAACCAGCUACAAUGGAUUUCCUGUCAUCAUGUCAAAAGAAUCUCAGAGAUUAGUGGGAUUUGCCCUCAGAAGAGACCUGACAAUUGCAAUAGAAAGUGCCAGAAAAAAGCAAGAAGGUAUUGUUGGCAGUUCUCGGGUGUGCUUUGCGCAGCACACCCCAUCUCUUCCAGCAGAAAGUCCUCGGCCACUGAAGCUUCGAAGCAUCCUUGACAUGAGUCCUUUCACAGUGACAGACCACACCCCAAUGGAGAUUGUGGUGGAUAUUUUCCGAAAGCUGGGGCUGAGGCAGUGCCUUGUAACUCACAAUGGGAUUGUCUUGGGGAUCAUCACAAAGAAGAACAUAUUAGAGCAUCUCGAGCAACUAAAGCAGCACGUGGAGCCCUUGGCGCCUCCUUGGCAUUAUAACAAAAAAAGAUAUCCUCCGGCAUAUGGCUCAGACGGCAAACCAAGACCCCGCUUCAAUCAUGUUCAACUGAAUCUCACCGACGAGGAGAGAGAAGAAACGGAAGAGGAAGUUUAUUUGUUGAAUAGCACAACUCUUUAACCCGAGGGAGUCGUCUACUUUUUUUUUCCUCCUUUACAAAAAAAGAAAGGAAAUCUAAAAGCCGGGUUUUUGCAACAAGGUUUGCAAAUGAUGCUGGUGGAAUGGAGGAGUUGUUUGGGGAGGGAAAGGAGUGAGGGAUUUCCCGUCUGACCGAAAGCAGCAAAGCAACUCCGUGUUCUGCACUGGAUGCAUUGAGCCGAGGAUGUGCCGUGAUAGUGCAGGCUUGGCCUCACCGGAGAUGGCAGCAGAGUCCUUGCGCACCUGGCCCGUCGCUCCAGCAUUGCAAAGACACAUUCUCAGUCCCUAUUUCUGGAGGGAUUACUUUGAAUUGAGCCAUCUAUAAAACUGCAAGGUCUUGCCCUUUUUUUUAAAUCAAAACUGUUGUGUUUCAUUCAUGAAUUGUAUAGUUAAGCAUUACCUUUCUACAUUCCAGAAGAGCCUUUAUUUCUCUCUUUCUCUCCUGAGCUGUAACAAAGCCUCUUUAAAUCGAUGUCCCCUCUUGAAGCAGUCCUUUCUCAUAUUGAGAUGUACUGUGAUUUUACUGAGGUUUCCUCACAAGAAGGGAGUGUUUCUUGUGCCAUUAACCAUGUAGUUUGUACCAUCACUAAAUGCUUGGAACAGUGUACAUGUGCACCACAGCCAAGGCUGACCGAGCAGGUAAAAUCUCGAAGCGUGAACAAAAUUGCUCAUCGCGUGCCAUGUGGUUCAAAACUGGAAGCAGGGAAGCUUGGUUUUAAAAGAAUAAACCGUUUUCUUUUUUGUUUUCAUCUCAGACUUUAUGGAUAAUGUGACCUGGUCUUAUGCAAAUUUUCUAUUUCUAAAACUGCUAUGAUAUACAAGUACUGUUCAGCAUAAUUAAACAAAAUGCUGCUGCUUUGAUAGUUAAGAGAAGGAAGUAUUCUGUUUAGCUGUAUCUGGUAUUAAUUGCAUGUUAAAACUCUGGAAUUUUGUAAUUGAAAUUAGAUCAGUCAUUCUUUUCUUUUCUCAAGAUCUCUCACGGCUGGCACUGAAGAAAUGUAAUUCAUAACUUGCACUAAAUGUAUAUUUUUUUUCUUAAAAAUUUACCAUUCUUAUUUAUAUUUUUAUGGAUUAAAAUUUAUAAAAUACAGAUCAGUUAAUAUUGCACUUAAGUAAUUUUACCUUUCUAAUGUGAUUUUUAUAGAAUAAUUCAGAUUUACAAAUAUGGAGAUGUGAACAAAGUUUACAGUGGUAACCAAGGUUUAAAAAGAGGUGUGGUUCUCUCUCUGUGAUCCAGUGUGUACAUAAACCUUUCUCUGAUUUUUCACUGCCAUCCUCUGGAUUAUGUCUUCUGACCUGUCCAUUUUGACCCAUUAACUGGAAAGUUGAAAAACUACAUUACUUUGGAGAUUAAAACCGAAAGUUACAUACUGUUUAUCUUCUUAAAAAGAAAUUUGAAAACAAUAGAACUGCAAAGAUAGCAGUUAAAAUUUUAAUCUGAAAAUAACUUGAACUCUUGGGCUAGGUCACAUCCAUAUUUGAAGUGAUCAAUGAUGGUUUGAACAUUUUUGCAGGAUGAGUUAAAAUGCACUGGAGUAUAUUUGGGAUUUUUGUUUUUGGAAGUGUCUGCUUUAGUCACAGUCUUAAUUCACAGUUGGCAAAGGCAGUUCACUCAAAGGACUGGCCUAAAUAUUCUGUGAUUAUGCAUUUUUGAUAGGAAAAUGAAGUUUUGGCAGAUAUUUUCUUUUCAUUUUUUUUUUUUUUUUUUAGACAGCGUCUGACCUUGUCACCCAGGCUGGUGCGGUGGGGCAUGGUUUUGGCCCCCUGCAGCCUCGACCUCCUGGGCUCGAGUGAUCCUCCCGCCUCGGUCAUGCAAGUAGCUGGAACUACGGGCACGUGCCGCCAUGCCCAGCUAAUUUUUUGUAUUUUUAGUAGUGAUGGGGUUUUGCCUCAUUGCCUAGGCUGGUCUCGAACUCCUGAGCUCAAGCAGUCUGCCUGAGCCUUCCAAAGUGCUGGGAUUACAGGCGUGAGCCAGCGUGCCUGGCCAAGACAGAUAUAUUCUGAAACACAACUGGCAGUCAGCAGUUUUACAUUUGGAAAGUGAUUCUUUACUUCCUGGUUUUUCAUUAUACCUGUUAAGAUUGGCAAGGCCCUGAAGACUUAUAAGAUGAUGAAGCCAUAUAAGAAUGAGAAUUGAAAGUUGAGCAAAAUUUUCGGGACUUUGGGAAACGUUAGCUGUGCUCUCUGCCUAAAAUUAGUCCUUAUUCCUUCCUUCCUUUGACAGACUUCAGGUGUUCUUCAUAGCCCUUUCAAAGUUGUUGUGGCCAUCCAGAGUAAAAUCAUUUCUAAAUGAUAGUUCUGUAUAUCUCCACCUCGUCUUAACUGUAUCUGCUGUGUGCAAGGUACUGCUAGACUAUGAACUCCUCAGCGUGGCUAUUGGAUAACUUAAUUGCCCUAAGUCACAAGCCUUCAAAGGAGAAAUUGGUUUCUUUGCAGAUAGUUUUCGUGCGUUAAACUUCACAUGGAUUUUAUUUUCCAUAUUUCCAGUUUUUCUUUCUGCUUCUACUUUCAUUGCCCAUCUUGCUUCAGAGACAUUUUAGGGUGGAUAUUAAUUAAAGCAUUAAUUUUCUUCUUCGGUAUAUUUCUAUCCCUAGCGUGUCUUACUGCUAAAAUACAGGAAAAGUGCCGUAUUUUUAAUGCAUUCAGUGGUUUUCUUUGGUGUUAUUAUCUGUUCCAUUUUUCUUUUUGCUGUAUUGAAGUGUGUCUGCUUUUCAACCAAACCAUGGAAGUGGAGACCCUGAAAUUGUUGUGCCUGGCUAACUGGCGAAUUAAUUUACCAAUAUAAUCAGCGUAGCGCCUUAUUUGAAUACCCUUUUUUGAGAAGGUAUGAUGAGAAUGGGCAAGGGUGUCAGCAUCUCUUCUUCGUAAUUGUUUUCAGUUUUGGUUCAUGAAGAAUGCUUAGUUUGUUAAUCUGUGAUGUUGCCUAGAGCUGUAUUUAUCUGUUUUUAUUUAUACUAGUGUAGUAAAGCUGCAUAUCAUUACAGUAAAAAUGAUUACUGUGAUGAGUUAAUCAGAAAAUCUAUUAAAAUCUCUAUGACAAUG